UCAAGAUUGAUGGCAUACUGCAAUAAAAUCUAUUUGCUAAUAUCUCUUUUGUUAUUAUUUUGUAGUCAUUUCUUCAGGGAGAAUCUUUUACAAAGUGUGGGGGUUAAAAGAAACUUGGAUACAUAGAGAACACUAACAACAAAUCCGACGUGAAAAUAACGGUCCGACGAACGGUGUAACCAUGGUUGAAUUGGUGUAACUAUGGCCGUACAUUUGAAGCUGCUUCUUCACAACCUUGCGAGGCUGUUGGGCAGUAAAGAUUUCCAUUGUUGUUUCUAGUUGAUUUUAUUUUAAUGGUAUUCUCAAGUAAUCCCAACAACCGGGUCACGAUGUCGCCUAGAGGAAUCCUCAAGAAUUCGCAGGACGAUUCAGACCACCGCGCUAAGGCAGGUUCAUCUUCAGCAGCUCUCUCUUGCAUCGAUUCCAAUGGUAGGAAGUUGGUGAACAUUGUGAACAAAGCUUCGUCUUCUCCCAAUAAGUUAUUCCCCAAUUCAAAAUCAAAUGCAUCGUUGAUAGAUCCUACACGAGAAGUGACCCAACUGGCAAACUUUAAUCAACUAUUAACUAUAGAAAAAUCUAAAAACGGGAAAGAGGUUUACGAUACUCCAUCGACUUUCGCUUAUCCUGGAGUAGAAGUGAACCAAGAAUCCAAUGACAAAGAGGAUGUACUCGGUAUUUCAUCGUUGAAUGAUGCUACCAAAAACCUGCUGCUGAACAAUAAAGAUCACAGCAAAAUACAACACACAGCGCAGGUAUUCAAGGACAGGAGUGAAGAUACAACAGUGAGAAAAAGAAAGGUUUUGCCAGCCCCGCCAGCGAGUGGAGGGUUAGGUUGCGUAGUCCGGUACGAGAAGGAGUUUGGCGAAAGACUACCGAGUCAACAGCCCCUCUACGUUUCAGCUGUGCAGAGAAGUUUGUCGAGCCUUCAACAAGGAUGUACUAGGCCGAUAAUUGAACGACGUCGUGAGGAAAACAGUGAUAGUGAAAUCUAUGUAUCAGUGAAGUUGAAAGAUGGAAACCAACGGAUAAAUGAAGUGCAGCAAAUCGGAUGUAUUGCUGCAAAUUCCGCACAGAAAGACAUGAAGGCUCCAACGAAGCCCGUGAAUUACGACGAGUUCAUUGAAGAACUUAAGAAAGUUCAGCGCGGAUUGUCACUGGAACGGAAAUGUAAAAACCCAAUUCCCGAUGACGUCAAGGGUAUUAUUAAGGUGGAAAAAUGUCCGAAAAUUUCAGCGUCGAAAGUGCGUCGGACACCGGAAAAAAUAUUGGCCCUUAGUGACGUUGCUCGCGACGAACGUCGUUGUAAAGGCCAGCGGCCAGAGAAACCAAAACGAGUUGCUCACGGAGCAAAAAUAACGUUUAAAGAUGAAUUAUUGGGAACUGUUGCAUCUCAUAAUCAUGCACCUGGUGAGACAGCUAACCCAGUAGAAAUAUUACAGCUCCCCUCUGAUUGGGUCACCGUGGCUGAAACUAUUGUUCAAAAGUCUAAUGACGGGGAAACCAAAACGGGUCCUUGCAGUCCUACUUUCGACAUUAAGGCGGUUGACGUUUUGAUCGCGAGAUUCAAGAAGAGUUGUGACGAGGUCAACGCGUCAACACUUCUCAACAUUAAGCCAUCAUCAGUGAAUAUCGAUGAAUCUCUCGGCGAUCAUACUACAGUCAUGGUCCAACCAGCGCCAAUGGCAGCAAUGGGUACUGGGUGCCCUAAGACCAUAGCGACGCUCGAUCCAAUCUCAAGCUCUUUUGGAGGCGACUCUGGUAAAGCUUUAGGAUUGCGUUCUUCGGGUGAUGGCGGCAACUGCUCUCCUAAGUGUGAAUUAUCAUUAAUAAAUGCCCUUAAAAAAUGUAAAACUAACAAUGCUUUAUUUUCAAACUUAAGUGACGGUAAUACGGGUGGGCUGUUCCCGGAAGCUCCUCAUGUUCAUUCAAAAAUGUUGAGUGUACACCAAAAUGCGGCAGAAAAUUUUGACAUGACUUUAGGAAAAGAGCUUCAAUGUAUGGAACUUGGAUUGAUCAUUCCCCCUCCGAGUUUCCACAGCUCAAUUAAUUUGCCGGCUACAGAUGUUAUCACUGCCGGGUUAGACGAGACAUCUGAAAUACGCAACGUUUUAAAUGAACUUGACUCGCGCCUGAAGCAUGAAAGUGAAAGUCUGGGCAUGAGCAGCAGCAGCAGCAGCAGUGACGUCGAGUCGUCCCUAUUCUCCAGCAGCAGCAGCAGCAAUGGUAAUAACAACAACAAAAAUGACAGGAAAAGUGGCAAUGGCAACAAUAAAGUCAACAACACAAGAAACUGCAUUAACGAGAACAAGACAAUCGGUAAAAAAAGCGACCACACGACGAUUAACAAACAAAAAGAUAGGAGCUCAAUCGACGAGCGCAACGGCACUGGCAUCACCAGACGCUGUGAUGACACAGCCGUGCGUUGCAUCACAGACAAGCCAGCAUUCCAUUUACUCUCUGACAGAAAGGAAAUCGAGAGACACUCCAAUCACACCCUUCACAUGAACAAACUAAACGCGUACGUGUCACGAGGUCACGACUUUGACCCGAGCAAAGUAUGUCCUGGAACUGCAAAUCAAAUUAUUCGUCAAAGAGGUGAAUGUUUUCAAUCAAGCAGUAAAGCUACUCGGGAAAUUAAAAGGAAUGAUUUGAUUGGCAGUACAAAUUCAAUUUCAAUGCACGAAGGCACUUCGUCGUCAAGAAUUUCUUCCAAAAAGGAGCGAGAAUCCGAAAUAUUUUCAUCCUAUACCAGCCAGAAAGUUAAACCGAGUAGAAAAUUUUCAUCCCCGAAUUCAACAAGUGAUGCAAAUUCACGGCUGAGUUCUUCAAGUCAACGCACUGCCAAGUAUUUAGAAUCGUCUUCUUCAAGUCAACAAGACGUGAAGACUCCAAAAUUGUCGUGUUCGAUUCCUCGCACGAAUGUCGUGGCGAGGUCGAAGCCGGUGCGCAGGAAGCGAAGUCUGUCGUCGCAUCGUCGACGAGCAGAUGUCCUUUGCUCCUCGAGUUCAGACGAAGAAAAAGACAAUAUUAAUAGAUUUAAUCCUGGUCGGAUCAGGAACCUCGAGGAUCUAUUACGCUACAGGAAUCUUAGGAUCGUGACGCUGCGGAGCGACAGCCUCGAUCAGUUCCCCAGACCGCUGCUGGCGCUGCCGCUGCUGCAGAUCAUCAGACUCGAUUACAACAAGAUCUCUUCGCUGCCUCACGAUCUCCGUGAUCUCUGCAGGCUGGAGGAGCUUUGGCUGAGCCACAACCACCUGGACUCUCUAGCUGCGGUGUCGGGGCUGGCGACGCUGCAGGUGCUGGUGGCCCACAACAACAGGGUCGUCGUGCCCCCAGAGCUACCCUCGCUCGCUGCCCUCAGAACCCUCGACUUGGCAUCGAACAAGUUGUCUGGAGCGUUCUUGGAGGUGGCAGCGAGUGGCAAGAGUGGCCCGAGUGGCGAUAAUAUCAAAAAUGGCUUGGGGGAGACGAAUGGAAAAAGUGGGAAUUGUGACAACUAUUUUAGAGAGGAAACUCGAGAGGGAACAAAGAGGGGGCGCUCUGCCCCUCUGAGCAUCAACCUCAGCAGCAACCCUUUGGCUGGAUCCAUGCGGUGUAGCCUCAAUAACGUGACAUCGCUGUCGCUGGGUGAGAGCAACCUGACCUCCCUAGACGUGACCUCGCUGACCUCGCUCCGUGAGCUGCGGUGUCACAGCAAUGACCUCACACAUCUGGCACUGCAUGGAGCCUUGAUUACUCAUAUCUAUGCGGACCACAACCAGCUGAAGACGAUACAGAGUCGCUACCCUCCACGUCAGCUGAUACGACUCAGCGCUGCGUGCAACAUGAUGACCGAUUUUCCUCCUUGGAUGAAUCUUUGUGGAGAUCUGAAAGAACUGGACUUGAGCUGGAACAAGAUAUCGAAUUUUCCAUCCUGGUUGCCUUUACCAAACCUUAUUUACCUUUCGCUCCACCACAAUAAAAUUUCUCAGUUACCUGAACUCGACUCCAGAAACCAAAAUGGCGAUUUGGGACAUUCCGGAAAUCCUUUGUCCAAGUUUGGUAUCCAAGGUACCGAUGAAGAUGCCCCUCCACAACCUCCUCCAAGGAUGCCCAAUGUGUUCGCGUCCAACGGAUCUCGAGUGCCCGCUUCUAAAGCCCUUCGAGGUUUGGGUGGCAACGUUCCUGUGUCCAUAUCGCCUCCUCUAAAGCCUCACAUGCGUAAAAACAGCCAAGUUAUUACACCUGUCAGUGCUUGUUUACCUGAAUUUCCUCCACCCCCUCCUCAGUUUUUAGAAAAUACGGAAGAUGUGGAUAAAACUAAUAGAAAUGGACCCAAUUGUUUCUCAUGGAACGAACCUCUUCCUAACCCUACUCCUCCAGCGCCUCCCAUUCCACCUCAUUCUGUAUCACCUUCUGCUUUUAAGCCUCACAUUCACGUUCUUCACGAUACUGCUCCACCUGUGCCUCCUAUUCCAGCUUACCUAAGAUCCAGAAUGUUAUCAGAAGCAAAACCAUCGACGGUAAAGGGAGCAAGAAACGCUUUGGUGUCGCCUGAAGAUGAAGGACACUACGAAGAAUGCGGUAAAGCCAGUCAUGAUUACCAUCCUUUGGAAACUCUUCUCUUGCAUCACAACAAAAUAAAAAUCCUGCCUGAGAAUUUUUUGCAAAUGUUGCCCAACUUGCGCGUGGUAAACGUGAGCAACAACCAACUGAUGGAAAUCCCACGGAUUUCAGUGCCCAAUAAAAAAAGCUCUGGAAUCAACGAUGCCCCGACAUUUACCUUCUCGAUAAACACGGCGCGUCCAAUACUGGAGAACCUGGAGGAGUUCUACUGUGGCUGUAACGCCCUGACAGAGCUGAGGGCUCUGGAGCAUUGCUCCAAACUGCGAGUGCUGCAUGCACCGUACAACGAGAUAUCGCUCCUGCCUGACAGACUAAUCGCGAGUUUGCCAAGACUGGAAGAGCUGACAGUGGCGGGCAACUACCUGCAUAACCUACCUAUGGGCAUAGCCUCGCUGCAACACUUGAGACUUCUACGUGUAAACUGCAACCCUCUACAGCUCCUGCCUCCUCUAGCGCCCUUACCCAACAUCAAGGUGAUUGACGCCUCGCAUUGCCAGCUGGGCGAGCUACAACUGGACGCCAUCAUCUCACCAUCCCUCAUCAUCUUGGACGUGGCAGAGAAUCCAUCCAUGUCUGUAAACCCCGAGCAGGUCAAUCGUUGCAGUACGAGGAAAUCGGUGAGCGUAGUGGACGCCAGCAAGGAUCGCUUUUCUGAUGCACCUGAUGCGGACUAUACACCAGACUGCUGUCCACCAGCAGUGAAUACCAGACUGGAAAAAAUUUUCACUUCUGGAGACCGAACUCUCGGUCAUCGGUCCAGGGAAACUGGUGGAAUUGUAGAGCGAACAAAUGGCGCAACUUUAAGAGACACAACAAUGGGUCCAGAGGAGAUAAAGAUGGCCGCUGCAAAUGUUACGGGAGAGGCUGCAACCAGCCUGCCAGGCCCAAGAAAAUCUUGGAGGGUUGGUUUUGCAGAAUGCAUUGGACGAGAAGAAAGGCUUAAAAGUUUACAACUGCGAGUAGCAGAUUUGAACGGCGAUGGUCUAAGUUGUCUUUUCGGCCUCAUCGAGGAGUCUAGAAUUGCGCUGGAUUCAACCCCCUCUCAAACCCAAAAACCAGAGGCCAAAACCUCAGAGCAAUCGAGCAAUAAUGCUUCGGAUUCGUGCUAUUCCAAAAGCCACAACUCUAUCAACUGUCCAAACUUCUCCUUAGCACUUGGCCCCGAUACCACGAACUUCACCCUGACCCACUGCCCAAUUUCCCCCAACGGGAUCAUAUCAAUACAAAGGAAAUCGGAAAUUGACAAGGCUAAUUGUUGCACUAUAGUCCAGCUCCCGACGUCGGUAGGGGCGAUGCUCAGUGAAAUACCGCGCCUGUUCCAUGAAGACCUGAGAACUGAAGAGGAAGAACCGCUUAAACGCAGCAUGUUGACUGCGCUUCAGCGUCAAGUUCUCCGCGGCCAUGCACUACCCAAGGGUUUCUCGAUGGUGCACCUUGUUAAACCUCCAGAGUCCCCUCCCAUUUCUUUCUCGGCGGCCACGUCCACAUUGUCCACCAUUCCCCCCGUGUCCACUAUUCCCCCCGCGUCCAUCCCGAGGACAGGGUCGUCGGGAAGUGUCCGCUUGAGCGUGUCGAAUUUUGGGGCAGCGAUGGCAAUGAUGGCAUCGCAUCGGGCGGCUCAGCUCCUGACACCGGAGGUCGCAAGUGAUGUGCAGGAGACGCGUUGCCCGGGCGCCGCGACCCCAACGACCUGCGCCCCCAGCACCGCGUCCUGGGUCGUCACUGACGACUGCGUGGCGGUCGUCCUGGCCUCCUCCGGGUUAUGGGCAACGAUGCAGCCGUCCGAGGUGAACCAAGUUUGCUUGCGGACUCCGGACCCAUCCUUGGCUGCGCGACGUCUGCUGACGCUGGCACAGACGUAUGGGGCUACAGACUCCAUCAGCGUCAUGGUCGUGUCUCUUGGUGAACUGAACAACGAUGCCUCACCUUCUGGUAUUCCUCCUAGCCUCGGGAACAGUAUUAGGGCCUCAACUGUCAUGGUGAAACCGGGGAACACUGACGAAGCCGAUGUUGUUCCAAAGGGAAUUAGGAGAACACACGAGGCUCCUGUUGUUCCUCAGAAAAUGGGUAGAACAAUCGAGGCCGUUCGUCGGAUAAGCCGCGGCGCCGUGAAAAAUAAUAUUAUCAUGAAGAUAGAAAAAUAUGAUGACAGAUCUGAGAGAAGGACGAAAGAAAGUGAUUUCUCAAGAGCGUCCAGUGGAGAAAAUUGUUGUGAUGGUGGCAAGAAAACCCAAUUGACUGGGCAGAUGGCAGAGAAGAGAGCUAAAAAACUGCUAGAAUCGAAGAAGCAGCCAAACUCAAAAAUUGGCGGAUCACUUACGCAAUCCAAGCAAGCAGAAAAUGACUGCAAAAAUGAUAAUGUCCACGAAAAUUAUAAGAUUUUGGAUUUAGACGAGAACCUCAGUAAGCCAAGCGAAUUGCCAAACCACAAAAAUAGAGCUGCUUAUUCCAAGCAGAAUUAUUCUGAACAAAUACGGGACGAACGCAAUUCGAAUGGGAAGAAAAAGCGCAAUUCAAGUUCACAUUUUAGUGACUCUUUGAAGAGAAACAGAAUUUUGUCCCUACCUUGCUUAAGUGCCGAGCUGCUGAACAAAACUGCCGACGCGGAGACGUUUCCUCCGCUGCCGCUGGAUCGGUCGUCUCCAAGUGGCCAAAGCUUCAGCGAUCUUAGUCUCAUUGCUGUCGAAGAGGCCGAUGAGUUUGACAAACAUUGUCCCGUUUGGCCUGGUCAAUUGGGCCCGGUGGCACCGUCUGGACCAUUUGCCAUCGAUCUCAACAGACCCGAUGAUGGGUUAGAUGAGGACCAAUUCGACCACAACUCAGAGUUCGUUCCAAAGUUUAAGCGCCGGAAUUCUUUUGAUGGAAGUCCACUAAAGCGAGACAGAUUUUCGAUGAGAAGUUCGGCGGACUCAUUUGUAUCGAACAGUUCGAAAACGACACUUUAUAUAGAAGAGCAGGAUUCAACCCGAAGUUCGCAACGGAGCAUUCUGAAGAAGAAUUCUGUUCCUGUUUUUCGACCAUUCUACCAUUUUCCGAGCCCUGACUCCCUUGCACAACUGAACAAGACCAACUCAGGCCGAUACUCACCCAGUCUCCCACACGCCUUCCGGUCAAGGUCCCACCUGGGCAGAGAUUCUGAUCGGUCCAGUUUGGCGUCGCGGAAGCUGAGCGUCUUAAGUAAAUUUGAUGGACACUCUCGUUCCUCUUCUUCGAGGUCUCUGAGCUCGCUGGCCCUGAGCGACAGCGACUGCAGCGGUGAUGAAAUGAACGUCCAUGCCGACGAAGUCGAUGAGCAACACGUGUCAGAGGAGCAGCUGAGGAGCUUCGAGUAUCUGCUGGAGAAGAACGCGAAGAAGGUUUACCUCAGGGACUUGGACUCAGCCGCGGAGGUGGCGAGGCUUCGCAAUUUCGUGAAGGAACGCGCGUUGCGGCAAGCGUCGUCGGUGCCGGACCUCAUGGUUGCUCAACGCCGGCGCAUGAAAUUGGAGAACGAAAUUGCCAAAAAACUUAUCGAAUUAAAGAACACCAAAGAACGCCACUGGUGGGAGUUAGAUGAACACGAACCUCGAGACGAGGAAGGUAGCACAGAUAUGAAUUUCAGCAGCGAUUUCAUUGUAACACCGAAAAAUUCAAGUGAACCUUCGAAACCCCGGCAUAUUUUGCUAGAAAAGGGAGAGAAGGGUUUGUCUAAGGAGCAAGAGUGCAAUAACCCUCGAUCUCUGCACAACGGGACCCCAACAACCUCCCAAUUAUUCAAACGUGGAGUGGUUAGGAAAUCCCGUUUUGGGAGCGGUACAGCGCGAGUGUUGCAAAACAGACUUUUUAACGCGACGAUAAGUAAAGCUGCCACUGCCAAGAUGGCGACCACCUCUAACACACAAAGCGAUAAGCAAGAUGCGUCAAGUUCAGUCUCGACUUUCAGGAGGUUUGGAAGCCUGCAAAACUUGAAGCAAUACCAAAAGAAAUCUUCAGUGAGUGUGAAGGUUUCUGGAAAGUCUUCCCAAAUUCCAAGUUUCAAACGCACCAAAUCUUUCGGUUCUCUUUACUCAGCGGGAGAUCUUGCAUCGCUACGUCCCGAAGCCUUCCAGAACAAUGCCAUGGAAAUGGAAGAGUUGGCGAGUCUGGACUCUGGUGACCGUGACUCACGAAUGAAUAAUUACUGGCAUGCUAAUACGACGGUGUUUUAACUAGGUAUUAAUUACAGUGAAGGGAGGAUCAUUCCUCAACAUGGCUGGCGACUGGACACCAAGACCAUACAUAAGUGUCUGUCACUGUCAAUCUUUGUGUCUGUCAUCUUAAGUGUUUGUCACUGUCAAUCUUUGACAGUGAUUUAACUUUGGCUGUAGAAAUACUCCCAGAAAUUAUAUGCUUGUAUAAUUGCAGAAGUUUUAUCACUCGAAAUAAUUCACUACUGAAUACUCGUAACAACAAAGAUAAAUUGAAUUUUGCACCUUAUUAAAUUAUUUGUAUCAUACGAGGCAAAAAGUAUGUGCAUGUGUAAUUAAAUAUGAUGGUUCACAACCGUAAAUACUGAUGAUAAAAGUCCAACAGGAAAAUGAUGAAGGUCCAACAGGAAAAUGAUGAAGGUCCAACAGGAAAAAAAAGGUCCAAAAAGCAGCUCAGAUAUGCAUCUGACGAAUGCCUCGAAUUAUUGUAAGGAAUAUAGUUUAUUGAUAAAUGGGGAAACUGUU